AUGGACUUUUUGCCGGUGAACUUCUACGUUCUUCGUUUCUGCGGUGUAUGGAAAGAACAUAAGAAUAGCAACUUGGUAAUACGCUUCAUCAGCUUCUGCUACAGAUAUACAAUUGCUGCUAUAAUAUAUCAUUUUACGAUAUUUGAGAUGGCUGAGCUUAUACGUAUGAGAAAUGAUGUAGAAGAUUUAACAGAAAGUCUAUUCCUCGUUCUAACUUUUAUGUGUUUAUGCCUAAAAUAUUUAAACGUUUUGAUGAGACAGUAUGAAUUGCGUGCUUUGCUUGAUUGUUUUCGCGCUAAUCUUUGUCAGCCAAGAAAUUCGAUGGAGGAAUCAAUAUUGAAACAAUACGACCUUAAAGCGAAAAGGAUAACCUGUGCCUUCAUGUUCAUUUCACAAAUAUCGGGUUUCUUGGUUCUCAUAGGGCCUUUAAUGACUCAAAACGAAAGACAGUUACCGAUGAAAAUGUACGUACCGUAUUCUAUGAUGGAGUUAUUUCCUUACCUGUUAACUUAUCUUGAGCAAGUUGCAGUUGUAUUUUACGGAGUAUCACUAAAUGUCGCUUUUGAUUCUCUCGUUUACGGUUUCAUUAUUCAUACUUGCGGGCAGAUUGAGUUGUUAUGCUAUCGAUUGUCGGAAACAUUCCGAUUUCUACAGGAGAACAAUAAAGAAAAGGAGCACGAUGUCAUUGAAAAAUUUGCCAUUGCGGAAUGCGUGAGACAUCAUGUUUCGGUGUGCAAUAUCAUGCACAGAAUACAAUCGUUAUUUAUGUGGAUUAUCACCAUUUUGUUCUUCUUCAGCCUUAUCACUCUUUGCAGCAGCGUCUAUCAGAUGUCUAAUAAAAAUUUCUUCAGCGUUGAAUUUUUCGUUUUUUUAGUAUACUUAGGAGCAAUGUUGUUUCAAGUAUUCUCAUAUUGUUGGUAUGGCAACGAGCUUGAUUUAAAAAAUAAAAGUAUCGCACAUGCUAUUUAUGCUAGUGACUGGACAGUAAUAUCGGCAAAGCAACGCAAAAGUUUAUCAUUUAUGAUGAUGAUAAGCCAGGGUGGCAGAAUACUUUCUUUUUAUGGAAUCUGCUCGUUAGUUCUUAGUACUUUCACAUGGAUUUUAAAAACAUCCUAUUCUUCUUUCAACUUGCUGCAGCAAGCUACGAUUUAA